AAAAAAAAAAAACACCUAACACAUACACAGUUACACCAUUACACAAUUGUUAAUUGUUAAUUUGUUGUUUCGCGAAAAUUGCAAAUUGGUUGCGGUUCCAGAAGAGACUCGUGCCACUAUGAGACUGAACAGGGCUUGCUCGGCAGAGCUGGUGAACAAGAAGCUCAAGAGGACUUACACUGGCUUCCGGCCGGUGGUUUUGUCGGCGGAACGCUACGAUGGCAUCGUGGGCAGAUCCAUUCAGCGGGACAGCAAGGAGUACCUGGAGGCCAUCGCGGAGGAGCAGCGGUACGCCAAGUACCUCCAGAAUGGCAACGCCGCGCUGCAGCGGCGCUUCACCAACAUGCGCGAUCUGACCGGCAAGAACGACGAGGAGCUGCUGGCGGCCAGGGACAAGGUCCUGGCCGAGGCGACGAAGAACAGAAAGACGCAGGACCUGAUGGACAAGCGGCGCAAGCAGCGCAUUAUGCGAGCCAAUGAACUGCUGACCAUGCUGAAGCCAGGUCCGCGUGGUCUGCACGCGGCUCUAAUCGAAUCGGAAACGAUAUAUCAGCGCAGAUACCACGACGAGCUAAAUGCCGAGAUCGCCGAGAAGGCGCGUCACCAGGAGCUGCUGGACGAGCAGCAAUGCCCGCAGAUCCUGAUACCCUUUGGCUGCGCCAGCGAGGAGCAGGACAAGGCACAGCAGCUGGCCAAGGCGAAGGAGGCGCGCAGCAGAUACCUGGAGGCCAUUGAGACGAAGCGCCAGCUCAAGGAGGCUGAGAGGGAGCAGAAUUUGUUUGAUUCGAUUGUGGAGCGCGAGCAAUACAAGUGCAUAAUGGAGAAGGAGCAGCAGAAGCGGAAGGAGCUGGCCGAGAAGAGGCGCGAGUUCUGCCGCAAUGCCUAUCAGGAGGCGCUCAAGGAGAAAGCAGAGAAGGCCAGAUUUGAGGCCAUGGCUGAUGCUGUCGACGAUCGAAUCAUUUGCGUGGACAAGGCGGCCCAUCGCCACCUGGACUCGCGCUACAGCCAUCAAAUGAAGGAAUUGCGCGAGAAGCGCAUGCGCCACCUGGCGGCAGCCGCCCAGCAGCACUGCCAGGUGCAGCGGGCCAAGCAGCAGGAGUUGGAGCAGCAGCGCGAGAGGGCAGAGCAAUCGCACCAGAAGGCUGAGGAGGCGGACGAGCUGAAGCGCAAACUUCAGAUCGCAAAACUGGCCAAGGAGCGCCGGCAAUACGAGCAGGAAUAUCUGCUGCAUCGCGGCGACAAGGCGCAGCGCCUGGCAGAGAUUAGACGCUUUGAGCUGGCCUCACGGCUCAAGAACGAGAGCGCCAAUGAGCAGUUUGCGGCUUCUGUGAAGCGGGACCAGGAUGAGGAGGCGGCAGAGCUGCGCAAGAUACUCCUCGGCCAGCGCGAUGAGUUCCUGGCGCAGCGUGAGGAGGAGCUAAUGCGCAUCUCGCCCUGCGCUGAGGAUCCCAACUUGGAUGACGACUUCAACUAUUUCGCGGCCGCCGCCAAGGCCAUGGAGGAGUCGAAGGCACAGGGCCGACCCCUGUACCCAAUAGCCAAGGCAGCGGAGCUCUACAGACGCGACAACCAGCUGGACAUGGUGCCGCAGGGUCAAGUGGUGCGCCGUAAAAAGAUUCGCGACUACUGCUGGCCGGGCUACGUGUCCAAGGCGGAGCUCGCCUACCGCAAGUACGAGCAUCGCGAGAGGUGCAAGAUCAAGCAGGAGAAGGUGCGUCGCGACAUGUUCGACAACUGCCUGAAGAUCACCAAAAUGGCGGCUGAGGAGCGACCCUUCAGGCAGUGCGUCCAGGAGUGUCCCAUGAAGCUGAUGCAGCACCGGGGCAUGCCCGCCAUCGCCAGCCAGGAGACCAUAGAGCUGCCCGCCCACAGCUGCGAGGAGUCGCCGCUGCCAGCUGGCCGCUGCCCCAGCCUUCAGACUCCUUCGCAGGAGGAGUGGAAGUGCGCUCCCGAGGAUCAGCAGUCGGCCAGCUUCAAGACUGCGCCAUCAAAGUCCGAUACAACCCUGCAGCCGGCUAUUUCCCAUCAUUCCCAGAGGGCUGCGGCUGGCCGGGAUCGCAGCGUCUACACCCUGAGCCGUAGCAGCGCCAGGGGACCAGAUCUCACGCGCUGCUGGACCUCGCCGCCGCAGACCCAAGCCAAAGCGGCAAAUAUUCCCGUCAUCAGCUCAAUUAACCAGAAGGACGCUGCUCACCAAAGCCCGAAACCGUUUGGGCCAGCAAAACUUGAGCAAUUCGAUUGA